AUGCCAGGUUCUACCACGAGCCCAACUGCGCAAGGUGUUAUUUCAAUGUUAAGCAAAUACCCACUGACUGUUUGUCCAAGUGACAUGGUAGACCUUGAUCCAGUAUGCUGUCCUAUUGGAUUUUCCCAUUAUGGACAACACAUCAUUGGCAAUCUACCGUGCUACAGCACCCUGACAACCACAGUGUACUCCCCUGACGCGUCAGUACUGGCUUCGAUAACGUCUGUUGUCGCCGCGUCCAUAGCAUCGGCCUCUACAACUACAACACCCACCAUCAGUGUAAUUGUCAACCAAGUCUUUGCACUCGGACUCCCUUGUGCUGAUGAUGAGGGAGAUGGAGAGCAUUCCGGUCUCAGCAUCGGCGCCAAAGCGGGUAUUGGUGCUGGAGCAGGUGUUGGUGCGCUUUUGAUUCUGUUUGCAAUUAUCGCGUGCUUUAUGGUUGCGAAACGGCGGAGGAAGAAGAAUAAGCAGCAGCAACAGCAACAACAUGACCCAACUACUAGUAGCUCAGGGCUUCCAGUUCCGCAGAUGAUGGCCGGGACAGGUUCCGGAGUCUCCGACGGCAAACACCUCUCAGCAGCAACGACGAUGACGCCAGGAAGUCCGAUCAUGUUUCCACAACCGCAAACACAGCCACAGAUGAAUCAAUACAUCCAACCCCAAUACCCCGGUGCCAUGGGUGGACAGCCGCAAUCCCACGGCUACAGCCCAGCAUUCGGACAUAGCCAGCCACUGGGCCCGCCACAGAUGGUGCAAGACCAAUACGGCGGCAUGUACAACAUGCAACCAACCGCCUCUCAACCAUAUCCAUACCAAUACCCUUCCCCCAGCCUCAUGACAGGUCAACAAGCCGGCAUGGGCAUGCCAUAUUCACCAACAUACAACCAGCAGCCGUCCGCACCGCCCCUCCAGCAAUUCUACCCUUACGAGCAGCAACACCAAUACCAGUAUCAAAACCAAAACCAACACCAAUACCAACAGCAACGAUCAACAAUAAACCCACACGCGCCCGUCCCCGUAGAAGCCGACUCGGGCACCUCCGGCACGAGCAACUUCCACGCGUCGUCGUCGCUCUCCAGCCCCAGCCAGCCAGGCCUCUCCAUCUCCAUGACGACACCACCACCACCACCCGUAAGCCAUGACCGCAAUGGUGCGAGCCAGCCCACCAGCUCCGUCUCCGUCAACGGCGGGCCCAGCGUCGCGGAGCUGAGCUCACAUGGUGGUGGAUCCACUCCGAGCCAGGACCAGAGCCAGGACCAGAGCCAGCGGCAUUUGAUCAAUAGGAAGUCGGUGCCGGGGUGGGGGUGA